GGAUACAGACCUGCUGGAAAACAAGAAGAAGCAGCUAUUUUCAUUUGCCAUGAAAGGGAAAUGGAAAGAGGUAAUUAAACUGUACGAGGAGGAGCCAAGGCUUCACAAGGCCAAAAUAACGAGGUCUGGAAGCACUGCGUUGCACGUCGCAGUGUCUGAUGGCAACGAGGAGGCGGUGGAACGGAUGGUGGAGCUCGCUGGGAGCUGCCCAAACCACUGUAAAGAGGCUCUGGAGACUCGGAAUGACAGAAAAAAUACUGCUCUGCAUAUAGCUGCUUCCAUGGGCAAUCUCAGAAUGUGUCGACUCAUUGCGCAGAAAAAUCCCUCCUUAGUCGCCGUUCGAAACGUCGACGGUGAGACACCUCUCUUCCUGGCGGCUCUUCAUGGCAGAAAAGAAGCGUUUCUUUCUCUUCAUUAUCUCUCUCACCCUACUGGUUCUCCCCCCAGUUGUGAUAACUGUAGAAGGAACGACGGCGACACUGUUCUUCAUUGUGCAAUUGCCGGAAACUUCUACGAUCUGGCAUUCCAAAUAAUUCACCUGUAUAGAGAACUGGUAAACUGGGUGAACGAAGGGGGGUUGUCUCCCCUCCAUUUGCUAGCAGAAAAGCCUUCUGAUUUUAAAAGCGGUAGCCGCCUUGGACGGUAUGAAAUGAUCAUUUAUCACUGUAUAUAUGUUGAUGAUCUUAAGGUGGUUGAGUCCAAUCAUCAAUAUUCAUUCUUAGAGGCCGGAGAGCACAAAACAGAUUGCAAUCUUCCAGACAAUUACGGGACUUGCUACGACUUUUUCGGGAUCGUGAAAACUGGGCUCGCUGUUGUAACCAACAAAUUUCCAGUGGUUCACUUUUUGAAAGACAAAUUUUUCUCGAAAGGACAGCCAUCAAAUAAUGCAGGAGAUCCCGAGGUGGCAAGAAAUAAUAACAUCGCCGGAUCAGGAAGUGGAGCUCAUGAUAAUACGCGUCAGUUAUAUCCAGAAAACUACGAACCCUGCUGUAAAUUUUUCAGAUUUCUGUAUCUGGCAGUGUCGGUAAUUCUUGGCCAAGGCUCGAGCGGAUUAAAAAGAAUACGUCGAAAGAAGCAGAAACACGUUUGGUCUUUUCAAGUAAUGAAUGAGCUUCUUAGUCGUGCUUCCUUGUACGAGUACGAAAACAAUGGAAGUGAACCCCAAGGGGUUGAUUUUGCCUCAGACACCGAUCAUGCAAAGGAUGAAGCAGAAGCUCCCUCUUUUUUAGACCAAGAAAGCAAACUAAUCAGACCUGGAAAUGAUAAACAAGAACAGGACAAAGCAGGGGGGAAAGAUUCCAAAAGGAAGAGAACUGAGACACCUAUACUAAUCGCUGCAAAGAACGGAGUGAUAGAGAUGGUCGAGAAGAUUCUAGAAUUGUUUCCUGUGGCCAUUCACGACAUGAACGAAGAGAAAAAGAAUGUAGUGCUGUUGGCAGUAGAGCACAGGCAACCGCACGUAUAUCAGCUGUUGCUCCGAAGAAAUAUUCUUAAAGAGAGUGCAUUUCGGAAGGUGGAUCACAAGGGAAACAGUGCCGUACACUUAGCUGCCAAGUUUGGACAAUACAAGCCUUGGCUUAUUCCCGGCGCUGCCCUCCAAAUGCAAUGGGAAAUCAAGUGGUUGGAGUUUGUGAAAGAGUCAAUGCCUUCUCAUUUAUUUGCUAAACGCAACAACCGUAAUAAAACCCCGAAAGACAUCUUCACCGAAACUCACGCUCCACUAAUGAAGAGCGGAGGGGAGUGGCUGAAUAAAACCUCAGAGUCAUGCUCUGUGGUGGCGGCGUUGAUAGCGACGGUGGCCUUUGCCACAUCGGCCACCUUGCCCGGUGGUGUUGACCAAAACACCGGCCAGCCAAUACUGGAAAGGGAGCCAGCAUUCAACGUGUUUGCCAUCUCAUCAUUCAUUGCCCUGUGCUGUUCCAUCACCGCCGUAGUGAUGUUCCUAGCCAUACUUACUUCUCGUUAUCAGGAGUAUGAUUUUAGGGUUGACCUGCCCAUGAAGCUCAUAGUGGGUUUGACGUCAUUGUUCAUGUCGAUUGCUUCCAUGUUGGUGUCAUUCUGUGCCGGCCAUUUCUUUGUGCUCAGAGAUCAACUCCAACACGCCGCGCUUCCUAUAUAUGCAGUGACUUGCUUGCCAGUGACCCUUUUUGCUUUAGCACAGUUCCCACUUUACUUCGAUCUGGUGUGGGCCACCGUAAAAAGUGUGCCACAGCGUAGCUACAAGGCCAUCCCCGUCAAAUUCAGCGGAGAGGAUUCUACCCAGGACGACGCAAUGGGGAGAGAAAGAAAGAGAGUUCUGGCACGCCAGCUUCUUGAUCUCCUGCAGACUUGA